CAAAAGGCAUAGCGAAAUAUGCAACCGAACGUCAUGAAAACAGGAAAAUGAGAAGAGUACUCUCCACCAGGAUGGAAAAGAAUGUGUGGAAGGGGAAUUACUGUAAAUCAGUGUAGAUGGGAGUAGGGAUCAGCAAUUUUCAUCUCGAUGGACGACAGAAGCGGUGGUGGUUAGUGCGGGUCAUUAAACAGUGUCGAGACUCUGUUUCCCCGUUCAUUCCCGUGUAUUGGACACAUAUAAUGGAACGAGCGAUGGAGCAGCUAAAUGUACAGUUGAGUCGGCUGACGCGCUCCCUCCGCAGAGCCAGGACUGUCGAACUCCCUGAAGACAAUGAGACUGCAGUUUACACACUUAUGCCCAUGGUGAUGGCUGACCAGCACAGGUCAGUAUCAGAGUUGCUGCUGAACUCCAAGUUUGACGUGAACUAUGCCUUUGGGCGUGUGAAGAGAAGUCUGCUACACAUUGCUGCUAACUGUGGGUCAGUGGAGUGUCUUAUUCUGUUGCUGAAGAGAGGAGCCAACCCUAACUACCAGGACAUUUCUGGCUGUACUCCUCUUCACCUGGCUGCCAGGAAUGGACAGAAGAAGUGCAUGGGCAGACUGCUGGAGUACAACGCAGACGUCAAUAUCUGCAACAAUGAGGGGCUGACGGCUAUCCACUGGCUGGCGGUGAACGGCCGCACCGAGCUGCUCCAUGACCUUGUGCAGCAUGUGACCAACGUGGACGUGGAGGACGCCAUGGGACAGACGGCCCUCCACGUGGCCUGUCAGAACGGACAUAAGACGACGGUGCUCUGUCUGCUGGACAGCGGUGCUGACAUCAAUCGGCCCAACGUCUCCGGGGCAACGCCACUCUACUUUGCUUGCAGCCACGGCCAGCGCGACACGGCCCAGAUCCUCCUCUCUAGAGCCGCCAAGUACCUCCCGGACCGCAACGGGGUCACGCCGCUGGACCUCUGCGUGCAGGGUGGCUAUGGGGAGACAUGCGAGAUCCUAAUCCAGCACCACAACAGACUGUUCCAGACCCUCAUCCAGAUGACCCAGAACGAUGACCUCAAGGAAAGCAUGCUCAGGCAGGUCCUGGAGCAUGUUUCCCAGCAGAGUGACAGCCAGUACCAAAGAACCCUGACAAGUCUGGCCGAGGUGGCCACCACCAACGGACACAAGCUUCUCAGUCUCUCCAGCAGCUUUGAGGCGCAGAUGAAGAGCCUGCUGCGCAUCGUUCGCAUCUUCUGCCACGUGUUCCGCCUGGGUCCGUCGUCCCCCGGCAACGGCAACGACAUGGGCUACAACGGCAACAAGACCCCCCGCAGCCAGGUGUUCAAGAUGCGUAUAAAACAGGAACAGGAAGAGUGGGCUCGGAGCCAGCAGGCUUCCUGGAGAGAUUUUGAUCCCCUAGAACCGAUGGAGCUGCUGUGGCACUCCCUUGACGAGUGGCUGGUGUUGAUCUCCUCCGAGCUGGACCGCAACGGGAGGAACCCCUCCUCGGCCUCCUCACCCAGCAGCGAGAUCGCCUCGCUCCUCCUCAAGCAGCGCGAGGCCAGCGACGGCGCCGCCGUGACCACCGCGGCGUCAUCCCCCGCGGACGCUGACGUCAACGGCGACGCGGCAGACCCCGACGCGGCAGACCCCGAAGCGGCGGACCCCGACGCGGCGGACCCGCCGGUCGUCAUGGAGACCACGGAGGCGUACGGCGACGGGGAGGACGUGAUCUCCAUGACGUCGAACCGCCUCAGCGCUGUCAUCCAGGCGUUCUACAUGAGCUGCUCUUGUCAGAUGCCGCCGGGAAUGACUUCGCCGCGCUUCAUUGAGUUUGUGUGCAAGCAUGACGAGGUGCUCAAGUGCUUCGUGACCCGGAAUCCAAAGAUCAUCUUUAACCACUUCCACUUCCUGCUGGAGUGUCCCGAGUUGAUGUCCCGUUUCAUGUUCAUCAUCAAAGGCCAGCCCUUUAAGGAGCGCUGCGAGUGGUUCUACGAGCACCUGCUGGCGGGACGGCCAGACAACGAGAUGGUCCACCGGCCUGUUAACGAGAACGACAUCCUGCUGAUACACAGAGACUCUGUGUUCCGCAGCAGCUGUGAAAUGGUGUCCAAGUCCACCAAUGAGAAGCUCAAACAAGGCAUCGCCGUCCGCUUCCACGGCGAGGAGGGCAUGGGUCAGGGCGUGGUGCGGGAGUGGUUCGACGUCCUGUCCAAUGAGAUCAUCAACCCAGACUACGGGCUCUUCACCCAGUCGGCUGACGGUACCACGUUUCAACCCAACAGCAACUCGUCGGUGAACCCGGACCACCUGAACUACUUCUGCUUCGCGGGGCAGGUCCUGGGACUGGCACUGUACCACCGGCAGCUGGUUAACAUCUACUUCACGCGCUCCUUCUACAAGCACAUACUGGGCAUCCCGGUCAACUACCAGGACGUGGCCUCCAUCGACCCCGAGUAUGCCAAGAACCUGCAGUGGAUCCUGGACAACGACAUCAGCGACCUGGGCCUGGAGCUCACCUUCUCGGUUGAGACGGACGUGUUCGGAGCCAUGGCGGAGGUGCCUCUGAAGCCCGGCGGCACCGGGAUUCUGGUCACCCAGGACAACAAGGCCGAGUACGUCCAGCUGGUGACAGAGCUGAGGAUGACACGCGCCAUCCAGCCCCAGAUAAACGCCUUCCUGCAGGGGUUCCACACCUAUAUCCCCCCCUCGCUCAUCCAGCUCUUUGACGAAUACGAACUGGAGCUGCUGCUGUCUGGGCUGCCCGAGAUCGACGUGCAGGACUGGAAGAAGAACACAGAGUACACCAGUGGCUACGAUCUGCAGGAGCCCGCGGUGCAGUGGUUCUGGAACGUGGUGGAGAACUUGACGCAGGAGGACCGGGUUUUGCUGCUGCAGUUUGUCACGGGCAGCUCCAGAGUGCCUCACGGCGGGUUUGCCUACCUCAUGGGUGGGAGUGGCUUGCAGAAGUUCACCAUCGCUGCCGUGCCCUUCACCUCCCACUUGCUGCCUACCUCUAGCACAUGCAUCAACAUGCUGAAGCUCCCAGAGUACCCCAGCCAGGAGGUGCUGAAGGAUCGCCUGCUGGUGGCGUGUCACUGUGGGAGCUACGGCUACACCAUGGCGUGACUCCCCUACCCCCCAAGCCCUCCCCCCUUGCUGCCUCACCCACCCACAGGGGGGAGUCCAGGGGGCAUACACGCCGCAGGAGAGGCAUUUCUGCAGGAGGGAGAGGGAGCGACGCGACGACCGCACCUCCACCACCCACCCCUCCCUUCCUUCCUCCCUUCCUCCCUCCCUCCCUCCCUCCCUCCCUCCCUCCCUCCCUCCCUCCCUCCCUCCCUCCUUUCCCCCCUCCCUAGUUCUCCCGCACCACGUCCCCAUGCCUCUUGUCCCUGAUGAGGGAUCCCUCUGGCUGGGGAGCAGCGUGGACCGAGCAGGGGGAGGAGGUGGGGGGGGAGGAGGAGGAGGAAGAGGAGGAGGGGGAGGAGGAGGAGGAGGAGGAGGAGGAGGAGGAGGAGGAGGAGGAGGAGGAGUUCUUCAAGGUAGAGAUGAAGAGCUGUGGCAGAUGGACCUAAAAGGCUCAUCAUCAUGACAUACCUGUGGACACACCUUCCUCCCCACCCCCAACACAUGCACACGCACAUGCACACGCACACCAGGACAACCUCCAACACCCCCCCCCCCCCAACUAAAUAGCAUCCCUUCAACCAAUCAGCCAUCUUUUUCUGAGAUCUUUUUGGAGCCACUCUCAGCUUUACCUUAAGACAAUGUGCAUUGCUGUAUGAGUGUAUGAAAUUGUAUUGACACUUUUUUUGGCCUUUGCUAUUUUGAUGGUACUUUGUGUAGGAGAGGCAAUGAUACCUUUAAGGUGUGUGUUUGUGUCACAGCCUGCUGUAAGAAAGGCCCCUGAGCAGAGGAACAAACGUUGGUUCUGGUUAGCCCUGUGUCGACUGCCUUGCUCUGUAUUGCUGUAGUCAUUUUGUUUUAUCACUUCCAGUUUGACUUGAUUGACUCUCUUGUUGUAUCAGUGCCACCUCUGUGUCUAUGGCCUUGGACUGAAACAGUGUUUCACAUUUCUCAGUACACCUUUCUGCGCUGGAGAAUUUCCCAGGACCCUGACUAUGGCCUGCAGUGCCAAAAAAGUUUAAAAAGCAACUGCUUUUUUUUAUCUGUUGCAGUUUGCAGUUCAUAUGUGUUUUGAUCUACUGAAAGUUACACAAUUUUUACAGAAGGGGACCGAUAUAAUAUCGUUAUGAAUGUAUUGCUGCAAAAUAUCACCUUGAACAUCUUUUUUUUUAAACGUAAAUAUUAUUUUCAAAUUCUGUUUGUUAUCCAACAGUUAUGGUUAUUACGAAAAAGGGACCUUGAUGUUUAUGCAAAAUUGCUUAAUAUACACUAAAUAUAUAUUAUAUAUAUAUAUAUAAUAUCAACGAGGGUUUUACCAUAAACGCCAUAUGAUGUGUCUAAAGAUUUGAUUCAAUAAACCUGUUUUCUGAGCUCUGGAGUUCAUCA